AUGUCUUUGAAUGACAAAAAUGCUUCAGAACUUGAAUUUCAACAUGUUCAUGAUGUUUAUGAAAAUAUAGCAUCACAUUUUAGUGAAACUCGGCAGAAACCUUGGCCGAAUGUUGUUGAGUUUUUAAACAAAUCUAAACCUGGUUCAAUUAUCUUAGAUGUUGGUUGCGGAAAUGCUAAAUAUUUUACUAAUACUUCUGAUAUAUUCCAGUUAGGUUGUGAUCGAAGUACUCAAUUAGCUCAAAUAUGCAAAAAUCGUAAUCAUCAAGUAUUUAACUGUGAUUGUCUUCAAUUACCAAUACGUUCGAAUUGCGUGGAUUUGUGUGUUAGUAUAGCAGUUCUUCAUCAUUUGGCCACAAGCGAUCGACGUUUAAAAGCUUUAAAGGAAAUUAACAGAGUACUAACAGUCGGAGGCCAAGCACUUAUAUAUGUGUGGGCUAAAGAACAGUGCAGAAAUCAAAACCUAUCCACUUAUUUAAAACAGAGCAAGACUAAUAAACCUAAGGCUGAGUCAACACCUGAAGUCACUAAAGAAUUUCGUGUGGAAUCAAUUGACGUUAAUCUACCAAUACAUACAAACCGUUCCAAUUUUGUUCAUAAUGACUUGCUAGUUCCAUGGAAGUUGAAUCAAAAGAAAGAACAAGAAAAUGAAUCUAAAACACAUCUAAGAUAUUAUCAUGUAUUUGAAGAAUCUGAAUUGAAAUUAUUGUGUGAACAAAUUGAUAACUGUAAAGUGAUUGAUUAUUAUUACGAUCAGGGUAACUGGUGUGUAAUAUUUGAAAAGAUUACAGUUUAG